CGGGAGGGCUGUGGGGCGGAGCGGCGGAUCGCGGCCUGGCGGCGGGAGCGGCCGCGGCCUCAGUGUCUGAAACUUGAAGUGAAGAAACAUGUCUCAGUCAGGUGAAAAAGUAAAGUUUUCCGACUCGGCAGGCUAUGUGGGAUUUGCUAAUCUGCCCAACCAGGUUCACAGGAAAUCUGUGAAGAAAGGCUUUGAAUUCACGCUCAUGGUGGUUGGUGAGUCUGGCUUAGGAAAAUCCACUUUAAUUAACAGUCUGUUCCUGACUGAUCUUUAUCCAGAACGUUAUAUUCCUGGAGCUGCAGAGAAAAUAGAGAGAACAGUUCAAAUCGAAGCUUCUACAGUAGAGAUAGAGGAGCGAGGGGUGAAGCUGCGUUUAACUGUAGUUGACACACCAGGAUAUGGAGAUGCCAUUAACAGCCAGGACUGCUUCAAAACAAUUAUUCACUACAUUGACAACCAGUUUGAGCGAUACCUGCAUGAUGAGAGUGGUCUGAACAGGCGCCACAUCAUAGACAACAGAGUCCACUGCUGCUUCUACUUCAUCUCUCCUUUUGGGCAUGGACUGAAGCCAUUAGAUGUAGAGUUCAUGAAGGCUCUUCAUGGAAAAGUCAACAUUGUCCCUGUGAUUGCCAAGGCUGACACCCUGACGCUGAAGGAGAGGGAGAGGCUGAAGAGAAGAGUUCUGGAUGAGAUUUCUGAACAUGGCAUUAGGAUUUAUCAGCUCCCUGAUGCAGAUUCUGAUGAAGAUGAGGAGUUUAAAGAGCAAACUAGAGUUUUAAAGGCUAGCAUUCCCUUCGCUGUUAUUGGAUCCAAUCAACUUAUUGAGGUGAAGGGGAAAAAAAUCAGAGGCCGCCUGUAUCCCUGGGGAGUUGUUGAAGUUGAAAAUCCAGAGCACAAUGAUUUCCUCAAGCUGCGCACAAUGCUGGUGACGCACAUGCAGGACCUGCAGGAGGUGACCCAAGACUUGCACUAUGAGAACUUCCGUUCCGAGAGGCUAAAACGCACUGGCAAGCCUGUUGAAGAGGAAGUGGUAGACAAGGAUAGAAUCCUCCAGCAGAAAGAGGCUGAGCUGCGCCGCAUGCAGGAGAUGAUUGCCCAGAUGCAAGCCCAGAUGAGAAUGAAACCUGGUGAUGACUAAGGUGCUUAACAUCUGGAUGAAUCAGCAGCAUACGGUUCUCUAAGUGGAUGGGUGCUCUCUUUUCUUUGCCCGAGUGGUAACGUUCAAAUGCAAAAGAUGGAUGCCACAGACCAAGACCUGCGUUAAAACAAACACAAAGUCCGAAGAUCGUGUUGUAAAACUGCUUGUUUUAUAUACUCAAUGUUAUUCAAUUUAUAGUGUAUCUUUUUUGAUUCUUUUGGUAACACUGUCUUCAUACUUACCCAUGUGGUUUUAUUAUCCUACCUAUAUCUUUUUAUUCAGACACUGCCAAGAGUACACUGUUUGGACUAGCCAUUGUGGUGGAUUUAAGGAAUUAAUCAUUUAUCUGCUAGGUUGUUCUGAAUGGUUUUGUGGUUAAUACUAAGACUUUGUGGCCUGUUUACGGUAAACGUAUGUGUGUUUGCACAGUAUUGUAACUUUCACCUGCCAUUUUAGGUUAUUAUGUAUCGUAUCAGUUUUUCAGAACUUUCUCUGUGCUUUUGUUGCUUUUGAAGCUUCAUCUCUGGUGAUUUGUAUUUGUGUGAUGUAUGAGAAAAUGUACAAAACGCCGAUGAUUCACCAGUGAUUGGAAAAAGCUGACUUUUCUAAAUCGCCGUGCCUUAACACACCAUAAAAACUCCACACACCAACAACUUGUGUGGAUGCCUCUGGAGGUUUGACUUCAGGUCUCAACUUUUGAUGGCAAAAAUUUGUCACAGGCAUUUCUAUCUGUCAGCUGAGCGAUGGCAUGUACUGAUUUUUUAUAUAUACCAUAGCACUACUUUUCAUUGCAGUUUUGUAAUAAAUUGUAUGAAUGUGGAAAA